UGUGUGCUCUCCUAGUUUACAAAGUGACAGUUUCAUGACAGCCCAUGGCAUGAGACAGCGCUGUAUGGGCUGCUGAUUGCCCUUUGCUGGCAGCCACUGAACUGGACUAUCAUGGCUUCCCUAUCCAGCGCAGAGAGGAGAGCAUUCGCUUUGAAACUCAACAGGCAUUCUUCAGCAGAAAUCAGGAAACAUGUCUCGCUUCAGUAUGGUACAGAUUAUUUACCUCUUCGCAACCUCAACUCAACACCAUCCUCCCUACAGCUAUCAAACCACAAUCAGAAUUUCCUGUAGCCGCCAUUUUGAAAGGUGCCUGUUACGGCUCUAUACUCCCCGCAAGCUGCAUUUCAGGAAGCCUCCAUUUUAUGACAUUGUUGAUCCAAUAGACUUUGAAGCUUUCCUAAUGACAAACUCCAUCAACUAUGAAUCUGAACUUCUUCACGAUUUUGGUGACUUUCCUGAAGAUGAUUUGGAACUUACCUACAAAGGCAAAGAGUGUCGGACAGUACUACCUUCCUUACCAGAGGAUGGGGCUGAACUUGAUCUACACAUCAAAGAUUGUGUUCGGACAUACUUACGCGACUGGUUAAUAGUUAAUCGAAAAAACCAAGAAAACCCUGGAACCAGCAUUUUUACCAGAGGUGGGUCUAGGAAGGAUUUCCAGAAGACACUUCAGAAGCAGUCGUUUGAAUCAGAUGAAGCUAUAUCUCCAGCUAAUGAUCAAGCUGAUGCACGCCCCAUGACAGUAAUUAAUGAUGAGUCUGGACGAGCCACAUUAACCACCUGCGAUUUUGAUUUGCGUGGAUUAAAUCCAGAAACUCGUGUGAAGAACCUGCUCCAGAUUACUAAUGUGGAGGAUUUGGAGAGACAAAAUGAAGAAGCUCGCAAAGCGAACAGACAAGCUGAACUUUUUGCCUUGAGUCCACCAAUAGAUGAGGAGGACACUGUGGAGAUCCGACCUGUGCCUGAGUGCCCAAAGGAACAUACAGGAUACAGGAUAAUGGUCAAGUUUCAUAGUCUGAAGUUUGACAUUGAUAUUGAGCCUCUCUUUGCAACUAUUGCGCUCUAUGAUUUUAAAGAGAAAAAGAAGAUCUCUGAAAAUUUUCAUUGUGAUCUGAAUUCUGAAGUAUUUAAGGUUUUCCUACGGAAUCACACAUCCAGCAUUGACCCAUCCAGUCAAGCUAAAGCAGCUCUGUUCUCAAUUACAUAUCCUUCUCAAGAUAUCUUCUUAGUUGUAAAGAUUGAAAAGGUUCUUCAGCAAGGUGAAAUCUCAGACUGUGCUGAACCAUAUAUGACUUUAAAAGAGAAUGAAGGUGGGAAGACCAAAGAAAAAAUAGAAAAGCUAAAAUCUCAAGCUGAAAACUUCUGUCAACGAAUGGGAAAAUACCGAAUGCCAUUUGCCUGGGUGCCAAUUAGUCUGCUAAGCUGCAUCAACGUUAUGACUUUGGAAAAAGAAGCCCCAGAUUUCGAGAACUCCAAUGGUGAUAGAAGAUCCUCAUUGACCCCGGGGAGGAGAUUCUCUGAUAGAAGCAAUUCAGUGGACGAUGGUUCCCCCUUGCCCUUUAAAGCAACAACACUUACAGUUAACACUUUCUUUAAACAGGAAGGAGACCGUCUCAGUGAUGAAGACUUAUUCAAACACUUAGCAGAUUAUAAGAGAUCAGCUUUGCAAAGACGCGUUAAAUCAAUGUCAGGUGUGCUGAAGCUGGAAAUUUCCCCAGUAAGUGAUGGACUCAGUGGAUGCCUUACUCCUGAGCUACUUCCAAUAAAACCCUUUCCUGAAGGUCGAACUCGCCCCAUCAAGGAGAUCCUGGAAUUUCCUAUAAAAGAAGUGUAUGUUCCGCAUACUACAUACAGGAACAUUCUGUAUGUCUACCCACAAAGAGUGAAUUUCGCCAACAAACUUUCAUCAGCAAGAAAUAUUAGUAUCAAAAUUCAGUUUAUGAGUGGGGAAGAUCCCAAGAGUUCAAUGCCGGUGAUCUUUGGGAAAUCUAAUGGCCCUGAGUUCCUAGAAGAAGUUUGUACAACUGUAACAUACCACAACAAAGCACCUGAUUUCUAUGAAGAAGUGAAAAUCAAACUUCCUGCUCAUCUCACAAAGAAACACCACCUGCUGUUUACAUUUUACCACAUAAGUUGUCAGCCAAAACAAGGUGCCACCGUGGAAACCGUUCUGGGAUAUUCGUGGCUGCCGCUCUUGGCUCACGAUCGACUUCAAACAGGACAUUAUUGCCUUCCCGUGGCAAUUGACAAGCUACCUGCAAACUACUCCAUGCAUUCUCCGGAGAAAAUGCCAGCACAAAUCCCUCCUAUGAAAUGGAUUGAAGGACACAAAGGUGUAUUUAAUUUAGGAUUACAGGCCAUUUCAUCUGUUCACACCCAGGACAAUCACCUGGACAGGUUCUUUACUCUCUGCCAUGCUUUGGAAGGACCGGUGACAUUUCCUAUCCGGGUUCUAGAGCAGAAGAUCACAGAAGCCUCUCUAGAGCAUGAAUUGAAGCUCAGCAUUGUCUGCUUAAACUCUUCUAGACUGGAGCCAUUAGUCCUGUUCCUUCAUCUUGUAUUGGAUAAACUUUUUCAUCUCACAGUGCAGCCCAUGGUAAUUGGAGGGCAAACGGCUAACUUUUCCCAGGAUGCUUUUGAAUGUGUGGUAUCAAUAGUAAACAGUCUACACAACAGUAAAGACCUAAACAAGGAUCAGCAUGGAAGGAAUUGCUUAUUGGCUUCCUAUGUUCACUUUGUCUUCCGUCUGCCUGAGAUUCACAAGGAUUUGCUCAUAGCAGGAGGAAUUGUGUCUGAGUCACGUUAUUACACUGUUGGGCGUACAUCAGCUGCUGCUGUGGGCUCUAAACUAAUACAGUCCAGAGCAAUGAGCUCCAGUAACCCUGACAUCCCUGGGAUGCAAAAUGCAGCGGAUGAAGAGGUCAAGAAUAUAAUGUCCAAUAAGGUGACUGGACGCAAUAAUCGCAUAUCUUUUUUUAUUGAUGGUGGUAAUGACGCACAGUCUGCUGCUACCAACACAAGACCAUCUAAUAAAAAGCAAUUUCAUGAAGAACUGGCGCUCCAAAUGGUGGUCAGCACUGGUAUGGUUAGAGAAAGUGUCUUCAAAUACGCAUGGUUCUUCUUUGAGCUUUUGGUAAAAAGCAUGACCCAGUACAUCCACAAUGUGGACAGACCAGAUGUGCCCAGAAGAAAUCGCUUCUCAGACCGUUUUAAAGAUGAUAUAAAUACUAUAGUUACUGUGGUUACUUCUGAAAUUGGAGCACUUCUUAACAAACCACAAAAGGAGGCCGAACAAGCAGAGCGAAUCAACAUAAGUCUGGCAUUUUUCUUAUAUGACUUAAUAUCCCUGAUGGAUCGAGGCUUUGUGUUUAAUCUCAUCAAGCUUUACUGCAAUCAGUUAACAACCAAACUGAAUUCUUUCCCAACCUUGAUUUCUAUGAGACUUGAAUUCCUGAGGAUUCUGUGCAGCCAUGAACAUUAUCUCAACCUUAAUCUGUUCUUCAUGGCAUCUUCUUCAUCACCAGCUUCCCCCUGCCCCUCUAUUUCCUCGGAGAACUCUAGUUCCUGCUCCAGUUUUCAGGAUCAAAGAAUCGCCAGCAUGUUUGAACUCUCAACAGAUUAUCGGCAGAAGCAUUUCCUCACCGGGCUCCUCUUUACUGAGUUGGAUGCAGCUCUGGAUUCUGAAGCUGAAGGAAUAAAUAAGGUGCAGCGAAAAGCCAUCAAUUCCAUACACAACUUGCUGCGUUCACAUGACUUGGACCCACGCUGCCAGAAAAUUGAAGUCAAAAACAAAAUUGCUGCACUCUACCUGCCACUGGUCAACACCAUUUUGGAUGCACUGCCCCAGCUUCAUGACUUCACAGUUUUAGACACACGAAAUGGAAAGGCUCGUAACACAGAUGAUGAACAAGAAACUCCAAGUCCAAUCAAUCCUAGUGUUGCAAUGGCUGUGGCAGGAAAUUUCCACAUAAAACCUUCAUCAAUGGCUCUUACUUCUGUGCCCCUUAAAAUGUACACCACUUUGAGUUCUGAAUCUACAAGAAAUCUCUUAACUUGUUUCCUGUGGAUCAUGAAAAAUGCAGAGCAAAGUAUGAUCCAGAAAUGGCUUGCCUAUCUCCCAACUUUACAGCUGCACAGGGUUCUGGACUUACUCUACAUGUGUGUCUCCUGUUUUGAAUACAAAGGAAAGCAGUCAACUGACAGAGUGAGCACACUGGUACUUCAAAAGUCAAAAGAUGUGAAAGCUCGCUUGGAGGAAGCACUGCUAAGGGGUGAAGGAGCCAGGGGGGAAAUGAUGAGACGCUGGAAAACAGCUGGAAAUGACAGGUUUGCUGGACUGAAUGAGAAUUUGAGGUGGCGGAAGGAACAGACACAGUGGCGUCAAGCUAAUGAAAGGCUUAAUAUGACAAAGGCUGAAAUUGACCAAGAAGCCAUCAUGAGUGGGAACCUAGCGACUGAAGCCAAUUUGAUCAUCCUGGAUGUUCUGGAAAUUUUUAUACAGGCAAACCUAUCAGUGGAGUGUAAGGAUAGUCUUCUUGGAGGUGUACUAAAAGUUGUUGUGCACUCUUUGAGUACCAACCAGAGCAAUAUCUAUCUGUCUCACUGUUUUUCCACCAUCCGUCUUGUCAUUAUCAAGUUUGGUGACAUCCUGUUUGAGGAAGAAGUGGAGCAGUGUUCCGAUCUCUGCCAGAAGGUCCUACAUCAUUGCAGCAGUGCUAUGGAAAGCACCCGCAUCCAGGCUUGUGCAACAUUAUACCUGAUCAUGAGAUACAGCUUUAGCAGCACAAGUAACUUUGCCAGAGUGAAGAUGCAAGUGACCAUGUCGUUGGCAUCAUUGGUUGGCAAAUCUCAGGACUUUAAUGAAGAGUACUUGCGAAAAUCAUUGAGGACCAUUCUGGCUUAUGCAGAGGAAGAUGAAGAAAUGCAACCUACUCUCUUUCCAGCCCAGGUAGAUGAACUUCUGAGUAAUCUCAACAGUAUACUGUCAGACACGGUAAAAAUGCGGGCAUUCCAAGAGGAUCCAGAAAUGCUUAUGGACCUAAUGUACAGGAUUGCCAAGGGUUACCAAACAUCCCCAGACCUGAGACUGACAUGGCUGCAGAAUAUGGCAGAGAAGCAUGCAAAGAGGAAGUGUUACACAGAGGCAGCUAUGUGCCUCGUACAUGCAGCGGCUCUGGUAGCAGAAUACCUGAGCAUAUUGGAGGACUGCAGCUACCUUCCGGUAGGCAGUGUAAGCUUUCAGAACAUAUCCUCAAAUAUCAUAGAAGAGUCAGCUGUGUCUGAUGACAUUCUAACUCCAGAUGAAGAUGGCGUAUGUUCUGGAAGGUACUUCUCUGAAAAUGGAUUGGUUGGACUUUUGGAACAGGCUGCAGAGCUCUUUAGCACAGCAGGAUUCUAUGAAACCGUGAAUGAAGUCUAUAAAAUUGUCAUCCCUGUUCAUGAGGCCCAUCGGGACUACCGCAAGCUCACAUCAACUCAUGAAAAAUUACAAAAGGCUUUCAGCAACAUAAUAAUUAAGGGACACAAGCGAAUGUUUGGCACAUAUUUCCGUGUAGGUUUUUAUGGUGCCAAGUUUGGAGAUCUGGAUGAACAAGAGUACAUUUAUAAGGAGCCAGCAAUAACCAAACUUCCUGAGAUUUCCCACAGACUGGAGGGAUUUUAUGGUCAGUGUUUUGGAGAGGAUGCGGUAGUGGUUAUUAAAGACUCCAUUCCUGUGGACAAGUCAAAGCUGGAUCCUGCCAAGGCUUACAUACAGAUUACAUUUGUGGAGCCAUACUUCGAGGAUUAUGAAAUGAAAUACAGAAUUAACUACUUUGAGAAAAGCUACAACCUACGCCGCUUCAUGUACACCACUCCUUUCACACAAGAUGGGCGACCCAGGGGAGAACUCAAUGAACAGUACAAGAGGAAAACUAUCCUGACAACAAUGCAUGCCUUUCCCUACAUCAAAACUCGAAUUAAUGUUAUUCAGAAAGAGGAGUUCACACUUACACCCAUUGAAGUUGCCAUAGAAGACAUGCAGAAGAAGACCCAGGAAUUAGCCCUUGCCACCAAUCAGGAUCCACCAGAUGCUAAGAUGCUUCAGAUGGUUCUCCAAGGAUCAGUAGGAGCAACAGUAAAUCAGGGACCACUAGAGGUAGCCCAAGUGUUUCUAGCUGAAAUUCCGGCUGAUCCAAAGCUGUAUCGACAUCACAACAAGUUGAGACUGUGCUUCAAAGAGUUUAUAAUGAGGUGUGGUGAGGCAGUAGAGAGAAACAAGACACUUAUUACAUCUGAUCAGAGAGAAUAUCAUCAAGAGCUGAAGAAGAAUUAUAACAAGCUGAAAGAGAAUCUGCGGCCAAUGAUUGAACGCAAAAUCCCUGAGCUGUACAAGACUGUUAUUAAGACCCGCAAUGAAGCAAGGGGUUUGUCGCAUCGGUCCAGCUUCAGAAAAUACGACUCACAGAUUUCUACGGGCAGUUCAUAAGUUCCUGGAAGCAGUCAAGCAGAAUGUUGGAUGGAUCAUGAAAAAAUGCUCAUCUUCACAAUCAUAACAUAACCCUAUUGGAAAAACUACACUCAUAAACCAGAGCAGGCGUGUGAGAAGAAAAAAUUGUUAUGAGCACGUGUAAAUAUAUCUUGAUGGAAUUUUUAAAAAUCUUAACAUUUAACGUAGUUAACUGUUAAUGUCUAGCUUGUAAGCAAAGAGCAAAAGAACUGUGACAACAGAUUUAUGAAUACAAAAUACUGUUUAUAAUUUAAAAUUAACAUAUUAGCCAAUCAACACACAAACAAUAGACAGGCAUAUCAUGAAUAACAACUCUUUAGGUGCCAAUAAGAUUGCCACAAGACUGUUACUAUGGGUUAGUUGUGGUAAUUGGAAUUAAUCAGGAAAAUGUUACCUUAUUUUCCAAGCCUGUUUAUUUCACCUAAAUCAGAUAUUUAUUUCAGUUUGGCUGUUUUGGAAUUAAAUGUUUAAUCGCCGGUCAGUUUUUAACAGAUUAAUGAAUGGUCCCAAAUACUCCAUAUACUGUAUGCAUGUAGAUAGAAUACCAGUGUCCGCACUCCCAUGGUUAUUCAACCAGGAAAUGUGAAGAGGUGACAAAGAAAUUAGACAUUUUAGAAAACUUUAAAGGUAAAGGGAGACUCUAAAAGGCAGUGUUUACAUUGUUGCCUAAUGCCACCUCUAGUGGCUAUCCCCCAGACAGCCACUAGAGGAACUUCCUGGGUUCAGUCUUACAAGGUUUGUAGGACUGACGUUCUGCUAUGGAGAGGCCAAACCUUCCAAAUGAGAUGCAUCCAGUCAGUGCAUCUCUGAGGAGAUGCGGAUUGGCAAAGUGCAGCAAUUGCGCCACAUGUGCACUAGCCCUCCUCUCCUCCUCUCUCCCUCCCCCUAUGCUUCCCUAUGGAAACACAUUGAAUUGGCUGAGAUCAUCAGCAUUGGUGACCUCAGCUAGAAGAGGAGUAGCAGCCGCAAAAUAUAGUAAGUAAAACUUAAGUUUCUUGGGGGCCCAAUAAUAUCAAUGGCUAGUAUAACACUCUAGCGGGAAUACGUGUCCCUUUAAAGAGGAGUAUUAUACCAUGUAAAUAAUGCCUUUAAAAAAAAUUAUACUUGUUAUUAUAUGCUAUAAGUAUAAAUUAUGCUUGUUUGACAGUGUUCCUCUUUAAUUAUUCUAUUAAUAUUCAUAGAAGGCAGAACUAUUUUAAGUGGAUGUUUGCAUAUAAAAGGAUAGCGGUCACAAUUUUUCAUGUAUAUAUCAUAUAAUUUACAAUUCUUUUCUUUUUUAACAAUAUCAAAUUAAAAGCCAGAAUAACUGAGCAUAAAUAAUUCCCAUAUACUUUUCCAGCUUUGCCUACAAUUUGCAAUCCCCUUGACAAUUAUUCCACAAUUCCACUUCUUUUCCCAACUUGGAUUUGUUAACAGACCUUAUUGAGGAUAUUGCUUCUUAACCUAUACUGCCAUACAUUUUUUGCAAAUAUCUAUGUGCUUUCUAUAUUAAGCUAUUUUUUACAGUAUUUGUAUAUCUUGGUAACUAUAUGUAAAUGAAGAGGUAAAAUUGUCGACAGAGAUAGAAAAUUGUACCUUUUUAUGUCUGCAAGGUAGACUGUAGAAUUGUAAAUAUAGAUUUUAAACUUCUUUGCCUUGAAGUUUUGCAUUUUGUUAUAAAAUGCUGCCAGAUAAGAUUAAACAAUAUAUUCAGGGACAAAAUGCUGUAGGAUAUAUUUUUUAUUUAAAUGUAAGGUUUUUCAUUCAUUAUUGUACAUGAACAGUUAAUACUAAA